UCGAGACAAGUCUCUCAGUUUCUCUCUAAAGAAACAUUCAACUGAAUCCAUCAGGUUUUUCUCAACAGAACAGCAGAAUCUCUGCCAAACCCUGAGUGUGGAUAUGUCUGCUGCCAGCUGUCUGCUGACUGAAGAUCAGUUUCUGUGCUCCAUCUGUCUGGAUGUGUUCACUGUUCCAGUCAGCACACCAUGUGGACACAACUUCUGUAAAACCUGCAUCACUCAACACUGGAAUAUUAAUGUCCCGUAUCAGUGUCCCAACUGUAAAGAGGUUUUCAACACAAAACCUGAGCUGCGGGUCAACACUUUCAUCUCUGAGAUGGCUGCUCAGUUCAGACAGUCAGCUCAACAGAAAGCCAGCAGCAGCAGCUCAGAGCAACAAGCUGCCAAACCAGGAGAAGUUCCCUGUGACGUCUGCACUGGAACCAAAGUGAAGGCCCUGAAGUCCUGCCUGGUGUGUCUGGCCUCCUACUGUGAGACUCACCUGGAGCCUCAUCUGACAGCUUCACGCCUGAAAAGACAUCAGCUGAUCGACCCUGUGAAGAACCUGGAAGGCAGGAUGUGUACGAAGCACGAUAAACUGCUGGAGCUGUUCUGUAAGACCGACCAGAUGUGUGUCUGCAUGCUCUGCACUGUUUUAGACCACAAGACACAUGAUGUUGUUCCUCUGAAAGAAGAAUAUGAAGGAAAGAAGGCCGAGCUGGGGAAGACAGAGGCUGAAACUCAGCAAAUGAUCCAGAAGAGACGACUGAAGAUUCAGGAGAUCAAACGCUCAGUGGAGCUCAGUAAGGAAGAUGCAGACAGAGAGAUAGCAGGUGGUGUUCAGGUCUUCAGCGCUCUGAAGGAGUCUGUUGAGAGAAGCCAGGCCGAGCUCAUCGACACGAUCAAAGAGAAGCAGAGAGAGACAGAGAAACAGGCUGAAGGCUUCAUCAAAGAGCUGGAACAGGAAAUCUCUGAGCUGAAGAAGAGAAGCUCUGCUCCACCCACCAAGGACUGGACAGAAGUCAGCGUCCGUCCACCUUCAUAUGAGGGGACUGUGAGGAGAGCUGUGAAUCAGCUGGUGGAGACGCUCAGUGAACAGUUGCAGAAGUUGUUUGAAGCCGAGCUGAAGAGGGUCCAGCAGUAUGCAGUGGAUGUGACACUCGAUCCUGAUACAGCACAUCCCAACCUCAUCCUGUCUGAUGAUGGAAAACAAGUACAUGAUAGUGACGUAAAGAAGAAUCUCCCAGACAAUCCAGAGAGAUUUGAUACUUGUGCUGUUGUCUUAGCAAAGCAGAGUUUCUCUUCAGGAAGAUUUUACUACGAGGUUCAGGUUAAAGGGAAGACUAAGUGGGAUUUAGGAGUGGCCAGAGAGUCGAUCAACAGGAAGGGAGUACUCACAGUGAGGCCUCAGAAUGGUUACUGGACGAUAUGUUUGAGGAAUGAAAAUGAGUAUGAAGCUCUUGCUGGCCCUGCAGUCUGUCUCUCUCUGAAGUCUCAGCCUGAGAAGGUGGGGGUGUUUGUGGAUUAUGAGGAGGGUCUGGUCUCCUUUUAUGACGUUGAUGCUGCAGCUCUUAUCUACUCCUUUACUGGCUGCUGCUUCACUGAGAAACUCUACCCAUACUUUAGUCCUGGUCUUAGCGAUGGUGGUGAAAACUCUGCCCCUCUGAUCAUCUCUCGUGUCAAACACUGAGUAGAACAACCAUUUGAUUUUCUACAUUUAAUGUAAUAAAUGUAUAUUUGUUGCUAUUGUAGAUUCUGAACAUUUUUUUUCUUUAGAUGUGUUUCUUUGAUGUUGCUACAACACACAAAUUUCACCGCUCUGAUUGAUUUUAUCUAAUUUAUUCUAAUAACUGCAUUACCUGCCUUCAACACUGUUAAAUCAUCAGAAAACAUCGUACUCAGAAAUAAGAAGCAUUUACACGUUCCUUAAAUGUCUGGCUGCCAAAUUCUAAACUGUUUAUAUUCUGAUCAUUGUUUCUAUAAGAAGUGUUGCAUACUGGCCCAAAUUACUGAGGAGCAGUUUAUAAAUGAGACAAAAGUCUUUUGUUUUUCUCUUUUUCUUUUUAAAUAAACAAAAGCAA